CAUCCCCCAGAGAUAAGUGUAUUAAUCAGCGUUGGAGAGCCCGUCCAGCGCUCACGCAUGCCGUGCGUAACCACAACGCACACAAUUCACGCACGCACGCACACAAACGCCCGACGUCGUCUUGGCUCCGGUUGUCCCUUUAAAAUCCGAAUCCGAGGCCAAUGAUUUAUCAAACUCCUAUUAUCAAGAAAAUGUCACGCGAAGGGCACCUUGCGCUGCACUGACGCAAGACUCCGGUCUUUCCCACGGAGCUAUAGAAGCACUUGGUGCUUUUGCGCGGCGACAACCAGUCCGCUUCCAGUCCUCUCUGCUCGUCUCCUCACAGCUGUUUCCAGCCUGCCAGCAGACACCUGCAAAAAAACAUGGAUUUCUCUGACCAGAGAGAAAUGGCCAAACAGCCGGCCGGCGCGAGCGCUCCAGCCGGCUACAUCCCGACGCAGCAGCCCGAUGGAGCUGCGGGAUUUACAGCAAACAAACCGGACAACACCGCCGCGUGCCCGCCGGCCGCCCCCCACCACCACCCGGCGCCGCAGCCUCCGCCUCCGUGCAACGAGAGCAAAACUUUUUCGAACACGGAAAAUAAACCGGGAGAACUGGACAGCAAUAAAGCGUACGGGACGUUUAAAAGCCCCGCGCCGGGGGCCCCUGCAUCCGUGGCCGUCAACUCGGCCUUCAGGAAGGAUUCCGCCGGUUCGGCCCUCGGAGGGUCCGCCCAGUACGGCGACCCGCUCCGGGCCGCCGCGGAGCAGAACAACACCGCGGGCAACUGGACGGCUAUGAGCCAGACCACCAUCGUACUGGGAACAGAUGGGAACACGUCUGUUCAGCCUGGCGCCGUGGCGGGGACUGACGAUGAUGACGAGAGUGGAGAUGAGAAUAAGGUCAGAGGAAACUGGUCCAAUAAAAUGGAUUUUAUUCUGUCCAUGGUUGGCUACGCGGUGGGACUGGGGAACGUGUGGAGGUUCCCUUAUCUUGCCUUCCAAAAUGGUGGAGGAGCCUUUUUGAUCCCCUACCUGAUGAUGCUGGGCAUCGCCGGGAUCCCCAUCUUUUUGAUGGAGGUGUCCCUGGGCCAGUUUGCCAGCCAGGGGCCCGUGUCCGUGUGGAAGUGCAUCCCAGCUCUGCAAGGUUGCGGGAUUGCCAUGUUGAUAAUAUCUGUCUUGAUAGCCAUAUACUAUAAUAUUAUAAUGUGCUGGACACUGUACUACCUGUUCGCUUCGUUGAAGGGCUCACUGCCAUGGGCUAACUGUAGGAAUGAGUGGAACACGGUGGAAUGUAAGGACAAAGACAUGCUGCUGUUAGACACGUGCAUCCUGCGGGACAGAAACAUCACCUCCAUCAAGAACUCUACUUUCUGUCUGUCCGAGAACGCCGUGGGAAACCUGACGAAGCUGAUAAACAUGACCGUGGACAGCAACAAGACCUACGUCAGCCCCAGCGAGGAGUACUUCAAGUACAAUGUGUUGCACAUCUCUAAAGGAAUCGAAUACCCAGGAGACAUCCGCUGGCCUCUGGCAGGCUGUCUGCUCUUGGCCUGGUUCAUCGUCUACUGCUCUUUAGCAAAAGGAAUCAAGUCAUCAGGGAAGGUGGUGUAUUUCACAGCCACGUUUCCCUACGUGGUGCUGGUCAUCCUGCUCAUCAGAGGGGUAACCCUCCCUGGUGCCUUCGACGGCAUCCUCUAUUUUAUCACACCGAAGUGGGAGAAGCUGAGCGAUGCAAAGGUGUGGAAAGACGCAGCCACUCAGAUCUUCUUCUCUCUGUCGGCGUCUUGGGGAGGCCUCAUCACUCUCUCUUCCUACAAUAAGUUCCACAAUAACUGCUACAGUGAUACUAUUAUUGUGACAUGUACAAACAGUGCCACCAGUAUAUUUGCUGGGUUUGUCAUCUUCUCGGUCAUUGGUUUCAUGGCACAUGAGUUGAAAGUGCCGAUAGAGCAGGUGGCAGAUGAAGGUCCAGGCAUAGCGUUCGUGGUGUAUCCGGAGGCUCUGACCAGACUUCCCCUGUCUCCUUUCUGGGCGAUCAUCUUCUUCCUCAUGCUCCUGACUCUUGGCCUGGAUACCAUGUUUGCCACCAUUGAGACCAUCGUAACCUCCGUGUCAGACGAAUUCCCCAAAUACUUGAGGAAACACAAACCCGUCUUCACCCUGGUCUGCUGCUUCUGCUUCUUCUUCCUGGGCUUUCCCAUGAUCACAGAGAGUGGGAUGUUCAUGCUGCAGUUGGUGGACACAUUCGCAGCCUCCUACUCUUUGAUGAUCAUUGCGAUCUGCGAGCUGGUGGGGAUUUCCUACCUCUAUGGCCUGCAGAGGUUCUGUGAGGACAUUGAAAUGAUGCUUGGUUUCCAGCCAAACCGAUUCUGGAGAAUCUGCUGGGCCUUUGUGACUCCAACCAUUCUGACGGGCAUCCUGGGACUUAGUCUGUACCAGUGGAAGGGGAUGACGUACGAGGACUACACCUACCCCAACUGGUCCAUGGUUAUGGGCUGGCUCAUGGUCUCCUGCUCCGUCAUCUGGAUCCCCAUCAUGUUCGUCGUUAAGAUGUACCUCGCCCCCGGCACCUUCAGAGAGCGCCUGAAGCUGGUCUGCUCCCCUCAGCCCGACUGGGGUCCGUUCCUGAUGAAGCACCGCGGAGAACGCUACAAGAACAUGACCGACCCUCUGGGAACCAACUCCCUGGGCCUCAAGCUGCCCCCCAAGGACUUCCAGCUCGGCUCCUACCAGUAGCAGCCGCCCGUGCAGCACCGCACGCACCACCUCCAACCCCUGCAGGGAGCACCGGGAGCGGGUCAACCUCCAUCUCUUGUUCUCCCUCCUCCUCCUCCUCCUCCUCGCUCUUUCUCCCGUCCGUACGUCACCCUCUUUGUUCCCUGUCUUCCCCCCUGUAUCAUGGAUGUGGAAACAGGCCCCCUUUCCUCUUCCUUCUCUUCUUCUUCACCACUUCCUCUCUUCUCUCACGGUGGAGUGGAGUCUACUCCUCUGCUGCUGCUUUGUACUCGGUUAACGGGCUAUCAUUGCCCCCCACACAUGACCACUGAUUACUUCAGAACCCUUCCCAGGGAUCAUUAUUCCAAGAGAAAAUUGUGUCAUAAAGUGGCACAGCUCAGACUGCACUUGCAAAAUUAGACUCACCAUAGCUGCUCCCUAUGGAGUCCUGUAUGUAUGUGUGUUUGUGUGUGCGUGUGCGUGCGUGUGCUCUCAUAUUUGUGUGUAGAGAUAAUGAAUCAUCUUGGUGCGAGCAGACACAGGAAAACAAAAAGAAAAUUGAGCGACAGAGAAGCAGCGUUUCAACGAGCUCGGCAGGGUGUUUUGUUCCAUCUGUGUAUAAAAUUUCCAAAGGCAAUACAAAUAAUAUCAACUGCCUCGGGGAGAAAAAAAAAAGCAGCAAAAACAAAAAAAAAGCACUGGUGUCACAUUUUGUUCCUAUCCAACAGUAUAUAUGUAUAUUCACUCUAGCUACUGCUCAGUUGCUCUUGCUUUGUCAGAAUCUGCAAUGUGUGCCUCCUACGUCCCAGUAGAGUAGCGGAUGCAUCCUGAUUACCACUUUGAGAUAGGCCUGGAUGACUCUGCAGUAUGAUAGAAGCUUGGAUCUAAUUUAUCUCUCCGAGUCCGAGGGACCAUUUGUGAUACCCUCUCUCUUUGUCUGUUUAGUAAGUCUUAUUCCACCUCGUAUUCUCCUCUAUUGUAUUAUCCUAGAAUGUAAAGGACACAUUCCUAACGUAGGAAACCACUAGAGUCGUCUAUCCUCCCUCUAGUAACAUGGCCAUUUAACCCUUUUAAGUCUCGAAGAUCUGACCCGAUAGUCACUCUGUGCAUAUAUUUUAGACGCCGUAUUUAUCUCUGUAUGUGUUGUGAACUUGUCAAGCCAUUUGUGAAAACCAUCUUUACAAUGUGCAUCACAUCAGUAGAGUAACAGUAUAAUAUAUAUAUAUAUAUAUAUAUAAAUAAUUACAUGCAUAUACAGAUAUAUAUAAAUAGCCUUCAGCCGAGGAGAGAACUAGAAACAUAAGCGAUUGAGAGUGUGAGUGCAUUUGUGUGUGUGUUCAUGUCUCUCUGAACACCACGUUUCUCUUGCUAGCUGUGUAAUAUCUUGUACAAAGUGUACACUUCUUUAAAAAAAAAAAUCACUUCUUCCAGGAGCAAGUGUGUGUGUUGUCGCGUCCUCAAAAUGUUAGGAGCAGCUGCUAUGUGUGAGUAGAUGAAGAUUAGACUAGAAAAUGGCCUCCCUCUUUCCUGGAAGUGUACUUUGUCUCUUGUUGUUUGUGGUAGACCUCUGGAGACCUCUUUGCCAUUUCAGACUUAAGCCUCUUGCUUCUCUGUAUGUCCACGUGAAAACAGGGUCUCAGGUAUACUCGAUUCCAUCCGACUACCCCGGUAGUUGCAGGAAUAGCAGCAUUCAGUGCAUAGGAAACACAGAGUAGAGCCAUCCUUAUGCUAAACUAUAUUGGAAGCAGUGUGCAAGUGUGUCGCAAAGGAGUGGAAUCAAGAUACUACUUCCUGAUGACCUCACUGCAGCAUCACUUUGCUUUUUGCUUGCUGUUGCUUAAACGCGCCUUGCGAUGAUUAUAAGAGUGAGUUAACCUAUUUUGACGAACUGCGUGCAAUGCUAAAUCAAGUAUCUUGGUUUAUCUAACAUAGUUAGAUGGAAAACAAUAGUAUGAAAAUCUAAUUUCCUUAAUAGCCUUGUAAUCAUUUUAAAUUCAAUGGCACUUGAGCCAGUUUGUUGACCGUCGAUACACUGACCAGCUUUAUUUUACAUAUGCAGAAAACAAAAAGGCUUGCAGGGACCUUCUGGUCACCUUUCUGAUACUGUGGCCCAUCACAAUCAGUCAAAUUACUGUAAUUUAGAACACAACGUCCCUUUAAGUUGUGCUGUCAAGACAUCAUCAGCACAAAUGAGCUACUGUGAGUGUGUUUCAGGUUGUGUGUGUGUGUGUGUGUGUGUAAAAAGUAGUCUCCAGAUGUAACAACGCAGCAGCCUGAAUGAACAGCCCGGUGCAGCCCAGCAGGCGUCCGAAUGGCUUUGCAGCCUUUUUAAAUGUGACAUGACAGGCAGACAACUUUUACUUCGUGGGCUGCCAACCAAUUAUCGACACAGUAACACUAUGUUGCCACUCAGAAGCAAUUAGUCCUUUCCACGGUUUGACCAGUUGGAUAAGUUGCAUAACAAGUUGCGUAACCAAUCGGCUUUGUUAUGCUUUUAACGCUGCAGGCGUUCACUUGAUGGUGUUGAGUGGUUUGAAAGGAAGUUGCAGAUAUGGAUGCAGUUACAGUCGCUUAGAGGUUUAAUUAAGGGUCUCCCGAACCAUUUCUCUAAGCCAUGUCUUUUCAUGAUCUUGACAUGAAAAUAGCACAGAUAUGAUUUUAGAGGUUGUAAGAAAAAAAAAGCAUAAUCAAUUAAUGAGCACAAAAGCCCUGUUGUUAAAUAGCUUGCUUACUCCACUGUGUUGCUUUUGUUAAGACUUAGUGCGUUUAGCUCUAUUUGUUCAAACGUGAUAACAAUGUAUGUCUGUGUAUGCCCGUGUGUGUGUGUGUGUGUGUGUGUGUGUGUUUGUCUCUGUAUUAGUUUUUACUGAACUCCACUAAACUGUCAGAAAACAGAUGUUUGCAUGGUCAGUCUCAGAGUAAAUCGCUGAAAGAACCAGAGGAGAUUUACAAUAUUUCCUUUUCCUUAGAUGCCUCGGCCCGAUGCUCCCCUUUCUCUGUUGUGAUGGGCUUGGACCACCAAUUGUGAACCUGAGCUGAUUAAAACUGUUAAUGAUGUGCUCAAAAAAAAAUCAAUCCAAUGGCAACCAUUUACUUGAGAGCAGGCUGGCAUUUAAAAUCAUGUGUUGGAUGUAGUGGACAGUAUGCUCUUUUGAGUAAGACUUGAAUGACAAAAGCCUUUUCAUGCCCGGAGAUAGAUUUGAAUGAUCUCCUUUAUGGCCACAGAUAAAUAGCUAUAAGUUCUGUGUUUUGUCUUUCCAUUUCUAGUGGGCUUUUCUGCUUUUGGUUUGAGGAAAAAAACAAAAAAAACAGCUAAAACCACAUUGCGUCAUAAAAUAUACCACCGAAGAGCUUGCAUGUGCAGUUUGUGUUGCUGUAACCUAAUGUCCAUGUAUAGUAAUCCUUCUCCUUUCUCUCUCAAUAGUAUAAGUCAAUGCAUGUUUUCGUCAGGGAGCUUUUUGUUCUACAUAAUGUUAAGAAACUUAGGGUUGUACUUCUUACAGAGAAGGACGACAAAAGAAAAAAAAAACAGGAAAAUUAACUGUCAAUUUGCUUUGCCUGCAAGUCAACUUUAGGCAGUAUAGGUAACCAAAGAAAGAGUACUGUUGUAGUGAAAACAGAAAACAAACUUUAGAAGAAAAAGGGAAUGUGUCAUCUGCGUAGAGGAGGUUGAGAUACUGCCAUUCAUAUCCCACGUAGUGUUCCUCGAUGUUUGCCAAUACGUUACAAAACAUCUUCAGGUAACCAUUGGCCUUAUAGAUGUCCUCUAAUGGUAUAAUAUUGUAUGUAUUUCAAAAAUAACACCACAGAAUAGCUUAUCGUCUGUCUCAUAUGGUACAAGUAUUCCUAUUGUUAUGUCUGUUGUGUCUUUUUGGCACUUUAUUGUCUGACCUAUGAAUGCAUAGGUUAAAUUUCUAAUUACUUGAGUAAUGUCAUAUAUUUCUGCGUGUUCUAUGUGAGGUACUGCUGCCUAUGGAUAUAGAUAUGUGCCUCCAACAACCCACGACGUCUUUUUCAUUUGAAAAUAGAGAGUAGAUAUACAACAAAAAUGUUUUAAAAUAAUGAAAAAAAGAAAAGGAUAUAUAUAAAUCAUAUAUGUGAAAUGCAUUCAUUUAUUUUCAGUGUCAUCAAUCUUUGAGGCCCUACCUCAGAUUUUGUAUUUAUGUAUAGAAAUGCAAUUGGAUUAUAUUAUCUUUUCCAAUAAUAAUAUAUCGCUAUUAUAUCAUGAAAUGUAUAACCUAUGA